AAAAACAGAGAGUUAAAACUUACUUACAAGAGGGGUCUGAAGGAAACAUAGAAAAGGAUUGGGCCGAUACUGUUAUUAGUAUUCAAGAUAAAGGUCUAAACCUACAAUUUGUAAACAAAAUUAGUACUAAAGAUUUUGAGUGUUUCUCUCUACAGUUUUUUGUGUUUAUCGUAUGUUUCACACAGUACACGCUUCAGUGGGAGUUGUUGGGUGAUCGGUCCGAGGCGACAUACAAGAUGACCGGAAACUCUUUUAACUCGAUGAAAGAUUUCCUGAAGCAGACAGGCGGCUAUGCGGUAAUAGACGGAGGGCUUGCAACGGAGUUCGAGAGACAUGGAGCAGAUCUCAACGAUCCUCUCUGGAGCGCCAAAUGCCUUGUCACCUCUCCUCACCUCAUUCACACCGUGCAUCUCGAUUACCUUGAAGCUGGUGCUGAUAUCAUCUCCAGCGCUUCUUAUCAGGCCACGAUUCAGGGGUUUGAAGCAAAGGGAUUUUCUAGAGAAGAGAGCGAAUCUUUGCUUAAAAAGAGCGUAGAAAUAGCGACUGAAGCUCGGAACUCGUAUUAUGACAAAUGCGGAACUAGCUCUUCCAUGGAUGAUAAGAUUCUCAAAAAGCGCCCUAUAUUAGUUGCAGCAUCAGUUGGUAGCUACGGUGCAUACUUGGCUGAUGGGUCUGAAUACAGUGGAAUCUAUGGUGAUUCGAUCACGCUGGAAAAGCUGAAGGAUUUUCACCGCAGACGACUCCAAGUUCUGGCGGAAUCUGGUGCUGAUUUAAUAGCAUUUGAGACCAUUCCAAACAAGAUAGAGGCUCAGGCAUUUGCUGAUCUAUUAGAAGAGGGAGAUGUGAAGAUUCCUGGGUGGUUUUCAUUCAACUCAAAGGAUGGCGUAAACGUGGUUAGCGGGGAUUCCAUCAAGGAGUGUAUCUCCAUAGCUGAAAAUUGUGAGAAAGUAGUGGCGGUUGGAAUCAACUGUACCCCUCCAAGAUUCAUAGAGGGGCUAGUUUUGGAGAUAGAAAAGGUGACAAGCAAGCCCAUACUAGUGUACCCAAACAGCGGAGAAAGCUAUGAUGCUGAUCGGAAGGAGUGGGUGGAAAACACCGGAGUUGGGGAUGAAGACUUUGUAUCAUACGUAGAGAAAUGGAUGGAUGCAGGAGUGUCUCUCCUGGGAGGUUGCUGCCGCACAACACCAACCACCAUCAGAGCCAUCCACAAGAGACUCGUCAACCGCAGAUCUCUUUAGCAUUCAACUUCACUCUCUUCUAUGAAUCUCUAGAACCUUGGCAAUAGAUUUCUACCAAAAACAUGAAUGUUUGUCUUCCCUUUGCCAAUUACAAAUCUAAUUUCAAGGAUAGGCGUGACUGCAUUUAAGCUUGGAUGUUAAUUUGAAAGUUUUCAUCUUGCAUGAGAAGAAAUCUUGGAUGUUUUACAUCAACCUCGCCUGGAUACAAGGCUGUUGAUUUAUAUGUGCUUGAGAGAUCUCUGCUCUUAAUGCAUUCUAUAUGCGGAAAUGUGGUGAGAGCGAUUGUAAAAUACCCUUCAUUAUUUGGCUAUCUCGUAUCUCCUGUGUCAAAGCUUUGCUUGUCUCAGAUGGUGUAAUUUGCUUUCAAAUGUAGAUACUGACAGCGUAUAGAAAGUCCUCGAAGCAAUGGUCAGGGAGACAACGAGUAUGAUUGGAUGAGCCGAUGAUACAUCUAAUGGCUCUGUUUCUUGAAGAAUCAAACACAGGUACAAAUUUAAGGUUUUAAAUGUUUAAAGACGUACACGGCCCUGUUUCAGGGAGCGUUGGGCUUGUAGUUGUACCGUACGGUUGUGGGAAUUAUGAGUUUAGAUGAAUAAGACCACACAAUAUUAUUUGAUGUAUGAUCGAAUUUUUGCAACUAUAGCAGAUAACAAUGCAGAAAGAGAUAAAAACAGUAACAUCAUCCUUUAACCUUUUUAC